UAUUCUAUAACAAUACAUCACUUCAGAUCCAUUUCCGUACAAAUUAUCAAAUAUACGUGUUGUACUUGAAUGCAUCAUGAGGUUAUCAACAAAAUCACCGUAAGCCAACGUGUAGUUGCGCAAAAGUGUAAAAGAGAAACUUGACUAUGUAUGUAACUCCGGGUCAUCACAGUUUUGCGUUUCUUCCUGGCUGGUUGACCUACAUUUGGAAAACUGGAGACUUUGUCGCCAUCUAGGGGGGAUUUGAAGUAUAGCACCGAUGAUGCCGCCUUAAUCAUUUUUAUUAAACAAACGGGACAAGCCUGGGCACCGGCAGUAACAAUUUGCUCCUAUGCUAAUAAAUAAAUAUUUUAAUAACUGAAUGACUUUAGUCUAUAUACAGUGUACUCGCAUUUUAAUUAGGUAGCGGAUGUAUUUAUAGCCAUUGUCGUUGCCGCUGCUGCUGCCGCUGUUGCUGCAAUGGAAGUAAACAGGGACGAGGCGGAGCGCUGCAUUGACAUUGCUGCCGCAGCUUUAAAGAUUCACCAGCCUGAAAAGGCGCUGAGGUUCUUGGAGAAGGCACAGAGACUCUUCCCAACAGAGAAAGCCCAAGCACUGUUGGACCUAAUUGCAAGGAAUGGCUUCACUCCCAGACAUGGCGGCCACUCAGACUUCAGCGACGUUUCUGGGCCUCGACAGCGACAGGCCCCGCAUGAAGACACCAAGCCAGAAGAAAAACCUUCCGACACCUCUAGAUCUUACACGGCAGAGCAGCUGGAGGCCGUGAGAAGAACAAAACAAUGCAAAGACUUCUACGAAAUCCUCGGGGUCCAGAGAGAUUUCUCUGAGGACGAGCUCAAGAGGUCGUACAGAAAGCUGGCUCUGAAAUUCCACCCUGACAAGAAUCACGCGCCGGGCGCCACAGAAGCAUUUAAAGCCAUCGGAAAUGCCUAUGCCGUCCUGAGUAACGCAAACAAAAGAAGACAGUAUGACCAGUGGGGAGAAGAGGGAAGGCAUCCGUCAAGUAGCGGCCCAGAUAAUGGAAAUUUCGAGCCAGACAUCUCACCUGAAGAUCUCUUCAACAUGUUCUUUGGAGGCGGUUAUCCAUCAAGUAAUGGACAUGUGUACACUAAUGGGCGGAUGCGUAACCAGAGGCGGGAGAGAAGAGAGCGACCAAGAGAUGGAGGCCUGGCUGUCUUUGUGCAGGUCAUGCCCAUCCUCAUUCUGGUGAUUGUGUCGGCUCUCAGUCAGAUAAUGGUCAACAACCCCUCCUACAGUCUCAGCUUCAGGCCGUCAGCUGGCUACACGCAGAAGAGGCUGACUGAGAACCUGAAGGUGCCAUAUUACGUGGGGGAGCAGUUCUCCAAAGAGUUCACGGGCAUGAAUCUGAAAAAUCUGGAGCGGAGCGUGGAGGACGACUACAUUUCAAACCUCCGCAACAACUGCUGGAAAGAGAAACAGCAAAAGGAAGGAAUGCUCUACAGGGCUCGCUAUUUUGGAGACAGUGAGCUGUACCAGAGAGCGCAGCGGGCUCGAACUCCAAGCUGCGCCAAGCUCUCAGAGAUCACGGCCUCCUUGCAUUAAAACGCCGCUAAUCUUACGUUAGUUCUCCAGAA